CGGUCUUGCAGGCGGGCGGACCCUCGGCCGCGCUCGGGGCUCCGGCGCCGCCGCUCCUCCUGCUCGGCCGGAGCUGCCCGGGCUCGGCGCGCGCUUCGGGGCGAGGCUCGGCGGGCGCGGACGCGCAGCAUGGCGGUGGAGGACGAGGGGCUCCGGGUCUUUCAGAGCGUGAAGAUCAAGAUCGGUGAAGCCAAAAACCUUCCCUCUUACCCGGGGCCAAGCAAGAUGAGGGAUUGCUACUGCACGGUGAACCUGGACCAGGAGGAGGUUUUCAGGACCAAAAUUGUGGAAAAGUCACUCUGCCCCUUUUACGGAGAAGACUUUUACUGUGAAAUUCCUCGGAGCUUUCGUCACCUGUCCUUCUACAUUUUCGAUAGAGACGUUUUCCGGAGGGAUUCCAUCAUAGGGAAGGUGGCCAUCCAGAAGGAGGACUUGCAGAAGUACCACAACAGGGACACCUGGUUCCAGCUGCAGCACGUGGACGCCGACUCGGAAGUGCAGACGUGGGUCUCAGCCUACUGGAACAAUUUAGUGACCACAGACAACUGGAACAAUUUGGUGACCACAGACAGUCUGAAGAUCAUGGUCUGCAUCACCACCUGUGGGGCUCCAGGGAAGGCCCGGACCUCGCCGACCGCUGCUCGUCAGCUGCUUCUGACCCAGCUGGAGGCCAAGCCCUGGGGAGGGAGCGUGUCCCGCACAGGCUGUGGUCAAACAGCCACCUACCGGGAGCAGACCCAGGAAAACAUGUUCCGUUUCCAUGGGAAGCAGCGUCUAGCCUUGAGGUCGGGCCACGGGAGGGAGGGCGGCGCUGGCUUCCUCUCCAUGGCAGAGGGGGCCCCUCCCUCCCUCACGGGGUGGCAGGCCCAGAGCAGGCGCAGCCAGGUGACCCGGCCCUGUAGCUACAGCAAGAAGUCCCACUUUGACUUUGAGGAGGAAGACGUGGACAAGCUCGAAAUCAGAGUCGACCUCUGGAAUGCCAGUAACCUGAAGUUUGGAGAUGAAUUCCUGGGAGAACUAAGGAUCCCGUUGAAAGUCCUGCGGCAGUCCAGCUCCUACGAGGCGUGGUACUUCCUCCAGCCCCGGGACAAUGGUAGCAAGAGCCUAAAGCCAGACGACCUGGGCUCCCUGCGGCUGAACGUGGUAUACACGGAAGACCACGUGUUUUCUUCUGACUAUUACAGCCCUCUGCGGGACCUGCUGUUGAAGUCUGCGGACGUGGAGCCCGUGUCAGCGUCUGCGGCCCACAUCCUGGGCGAGAUUUGCCGGGAGAAGCAGGAGGCGGCCGUCCCGCUGGUGCGACUUUUCCUACACUAUGGCAGGGUGGUGCCCUUCAUCAGUGCCAUCGCCAGCGCAGAGGUGAAGCGGACCCAGGACCCCAACACCAUCUUCCGAGGAAACUCGCUGGCGUCCAAGUGCAUCGACGAGACCAUGAAGCUGGCGGGGAUGCAUUACCUGCACGUCACCCUGAAGCCUGCCAUCGAGGAGAUAUGCCAGAGCCACAAACCCUGUGAAAUCGACCCUGUGAAGUUGAAAGACGGAGAAAACCUUGAAAACAACAUGGAGAACCUACGGCAGUACGUGGACCGCGUCUUCCACGCCAUCACCGAGUCUGGGGUGAGCUGCCCAACCGUCAUGUGUGACAUCUUCUUCUCGCUCCGGGAGGCGGCGGCCAAGCGCUUCCAGGAUGACCCCGACGUCAGGUACACUGCAGUGAGCAGCUUCAUCUUCCUGAGGUUCUUUGCACCCGCCAUUCUCUCCCCCAACCUCUUCCAGCUCACGCCGCACCACACGGACCCCCAGACGUCCAGGACGCUGACACUGAUCUCCAAGACCGUUCAGACCCUCGGCAGCCUGUCCAAGUCCAAAUCUGCGAGUUUUAAGGAGUCCUACAUGGCUACAUUUUAUGAAUUCUUCAAUGAGCAGAAAUAUGCUGAUGCGGUGAAAAAUUUCUUAGAUCUGAUUUCGUCCUCGGGGAGAAGAGAUCCCAAGAGUGUCGAGCAGCCCAUCCUGCUUAAAGAAGGGUUCAUGAUCAAGAGGGCGCAAGGACGGAAGCGCUUUGGGAUGAAGAAUUUUAAGAAGAGAUGGUUUCGCUUGACCAACCAUGAAUUUACCUACCACAAAAGCAAAGGGGACCAGCCUCUCUACAGCAUUCCCAUUGAGAACAUCCUGGCAGUGGAGAAGCUGGAGGAGGAGUCUUUCAAAAUGAAAAACAUGUUCCAGGUCAUCCAGCCGGAGCGUGCGCUGUACAUCCAGGCCAGCAACUGCGUGGAGGCCAAGGACUGGAUCGACAUUCUCACCAAAGUGAGCCAGUGCAACCAGAAACGCCUCACCGUGUACCACCCGUCCGCCUACCUGAGCGGCCACUGGCUGUGCUGUAGGGCGCCCUCGGACUCGGCCCCGGGCUGCUCGCCCUGCACCGGCGGCCUCCCAGCCAACAUCCAGCUGGACAUUGAUGGGGACCGUGAGACGGAGCGUAUCUACUCCCUCUUCAACUCGUACAUGAGCAAGCUGGAGAAGAUGCAGGAGGCCUGUGGGAGCAAAUCCGUGUACGACGGCCCGGAGCAGGAGGAGUAUUCGACGUUCGUCAUUGACGACCCCCAGGAGACCUACAAGACACUAAAGCAAGUCAUCGCUGGGGUUGGGGCUUUGGAGCAGGAGCACGCCCAGUAUAAGAGGGACAAGUUCAAGAAGACGAGAUAUGGAAGCCAGGAGCACCCCAUCGGAGACAAGAGCUUCCAGAACUACAUCCGGCAGCAGUCCGAGACCUCCACUCAUUCCAUUUAAAGUCUGCGGGACGCACCCAGUGGCACCAGUGAGCUGCCCACGCAAAGCCGCAGCCUUUGGGAGGGAGAAGAGAAGGAAGAGCGCAGAGCCAGCAAAGUGAGAUGUACGCCGUCCCGGCCCACGGACAGGUGGCGCUGAGGUUUCCCUCUCCCAGAACCGCUGCCACGCCCUCCGCAGAAAGCCCACCUGGCCUCGUGGAGCCGUCGUUUGAUUCUGUGCUUUUUGCUCCUUGUCUGUGGGGAUCCGGGGAUCAGCUGAAGGAUCAGGAAGUGUGGGCUGUGCCGUAGCCACACCACAGCCGGCCUCAGGGAGCCACAGCCGGUCCAGUCGACUGUGACAUGCACCUCCAGCCGUGUGUACGUCAGUCUCAUGUGCACGUCUGUCUUGUGUGCACGGUGCGCUCUGUGGCUCUGUGCCCGGGAGGCCUGCUGGCCCUGCCUUGGCUUUCGGCUUCAUCACGCUGGGAGGUUCAGAGCAUUGCUCUCCCACUGUACCUGCCAUCCAGGCGGCCGUGGGAGGCGGCCUCCCUGUUCCACUUUCGAGGUUCGUUUGAUUCCUGGCUGAGGGGUCAGUUUUAUGGCUGGGAGGUGCAGAACCACACAGAAAUCCCAGUCUGAGGAUGUCCUUGGUGCUUGGGGGAUACGCGUUCUGUCCGCAGAGUCCCUUGGAGGGAAAGGUGUGGGCUCCAGCUUCUCCAGGUGUCUGCGGAGCCCACAUUGUUUUGCUGUUGAAUGGGGUUUAAAAUCAGAAUUAACAUUUGCCACCCCCCGUGGAAGUUUGAAGAUUUUUAAAAUAGAAAUGUACAUUUUUCAAGCUGUUUUUCUUUAUGUUUUUAAAGGACCAUUUUUAAUUAGCUCUUUGAUACAAAGUAACUCAGAACGUCAAAACCUAUACCCACUAAAGGGAAGGCUGCCAGGAAGGCAAAUGGAGCAGGAAUGGAGCCUGUCUCAGGAAGGCCAGCUGCAGGUCCUCCAGAAAAUCAAAGAAGGGAAGAAACUCUGAGUUUGAGGUACAGGGACUUCGGGGUGCAGAUGUCCCUCCAGGGCCCAUGGUCAGUAUUGCACCUGUGUUACGAACCCCCAGAUGCUGUGCAGGGCAGGGGCAGGGGCUGCUGUUUUAUUGGGGAGGGGAGCAUCCUAAAAAUGGGGUCCAGGCAGACCCCUCCAGACCUCACACUGCCGAGGAGGCCUUUCCCAAAGGGCGUCCUCCCGGGAUGCAGAUGGCAGGUGUGUGGGAAGCACCGUUUAAAUACACAGCAUGACCUGUCCUUGUACCGACUUCUCCCGGUUCUUGUUUGAAAAUACUGUAGUUCAGGCUCUUGAUCUAGAUGGCAGAUAGGAACUUUGUUGUUACAAAAAUAGUGGAGGAAAAUGUUGUAAAAAUAGACUUUUGGACACACAGCUGUUGGGGCUGCACUGAGCUGCAAUUUUUAACAUGGAUUUAUAACUUAAUGUUUCUGUUUAUAAAAUACUAAUGAUUUGCAAUGUAUUUUACUGGCCAAUUAAAACAGAUGUUUUAUUCUUUCUGA